AUGGUUGAAGGGAAUGGAAGCCGUAGGGGAGACGCGCAGUCUGCAGGCAUCGGGGGCAUCCACCCAGAGGAGGCGUUUUGGUUCUGGAGAAGACUGCGCGGCAAGAGGCGGUCAGUGAUGGCAUUCUGCUUCCUGAUGACCCUGUUUGUACUGGCUGUCACCUGCAUCUCCUCAAUGCAUCCAGCCAUCAGCCCGGACCCUGGCUCCAUGGAACCUCCUGGCCCCCAGGUCCGGCAGAUGCUGAGCUCUAGCUGGAGGCAAUGGGCAAGAAACCUGGGGUUCCAGAGAGGCUUGGCUUUGGCCAGCGAUUCCAACUUGGCCUGUGCAGAGGAGCAGGGCCACAAAGGGAGAAUGGACAGAAGCAAACAGUCCCCAGGAGAGGCCAGCAGGCAUUCAGGGAGGGUCAGGAGGGACACGGCAGCCCUCGGAGGUUCAAGACGCAGCACUCUGCAUCCUGUGUUUCUGGGAGAGAAUGGGCUCAGGGGCCUGGGAGCCAGAGACCAUGCCCAAACUUGGCCGGAGACACAGAGUGAGAUGGGCACCCUGGUCAGCAAGCUCAUAGGGCGUGACCUGACCACUUUCCUGACCUGGAGAGCUACUGCUGGACCCACUCUGCAGCCCCGCCCAGCUGAAAGCAGGGAGCUGCGGAGAACUGGGAAGAGCACCUUGGGUGGUGAGCAACAUGCAGGAGACUCUGACCUGGCACCUGAGGCUCGGUGGUGGCCUGGCUCUGUUGGGAAGUGGCCAGAGUCCGUCUGGUGUGACACUGAGACCCCUGGGCCACUGAUGGGCUUGAGGACUCAUGGACAGGUUCCCCCAUGGUUUACAGAGCACGAUGUGCAGACCCUCAGGCUGCUGGCCCAAGGGGAGGUGGUGGGCAAGGCUCGGGUUCCUGGCCAUGGACAGGUGCUGCAGGUUGGCCUCUCCACUGAGAGUGUCCAUCAGGACUCGUCUCCUGGGCUCAGCCACCAUUGCUCCCAGGGGCUCUGUGGCCUCAUCAAGAGGCCUGGGGACCUGCUGGAGGUCCUGUCCUUCCACGUGGACCGUGUGCUGGGGCUGCGGCGGAGCCUGCCUGCCGUGGCCCGGCACUUCCACAGCCCCCUGCUGCCCUACCGCUACACGGAUGGUGGCGCCAGGCCCCUCAUCUGGUGGGCGCCUGACGUGCAGCACCUGGCUGAUCCUGACAAUGACCAGAACUCUCUGGCCUUAGGCUGGUUACAGUACCAGGCCCUGCUGGUGCGUGGCUGCAGCUGGCCGGGCCAGGGCCCGUGCCUGGGCAUCCACCGCACCGAGUGGGCACGCCUGGCGCUCUUGGACUUCCUGCUGCAGGUCCAUGACCGCCUGGAUCGAUACUGCUGUGGCUUUGAGCCUGAGCCCUCCGACCCCUGCGUGGAAGAGAGGCUCCGUGAGAAAUGCCAGAACCCUGCUGAGCUGCGUCUGGUCCACAUCCUGGUCCGGAGCAGCAACCCAUCUCAUCUAGUCUACAUUGAUAAUGCUGGGAACCUUCAGCAUCCAGAGGACAAGCUGAACUUUCGGCUACUCGAGGGUAUAGAUGGGUUUCCUGAGUCCGCUGUGAAGGUGUUGGCGUCAGGGUGUCUACAGAACCUGCUGCUCACGUCACUGCAGAUGGACCCGGUGUUCUGGGAAAGCCAAGGUGGGGCCCAGGGCCUGAAGCAGGUUCUCCAGACACUGGAGCGGCGAGGACAGAUCUUGCUGGGACACAUUCAGAAGCACAACUUGACGAUCUUUAGGGACGAGGACCUAUGA